AUGGGAGCCGCAAAACCGACCGAUCUCAGUUUUUAUUCCGAAGCUGAGAGGGCAAUCCUCCAACGUCAGUUUGAACGAUCACGUUUUUACCAAAUACAACAUCAGUUACCCAUAGAGAAACAGCAUCAGCCAAAAAUUCUAAAUAUCUUUGACUUUGAUUCUACACUCUUUCUUUCACCUUUGCUCAGUCCAAACCUUUGGGAUAUGUCGCUAAUCAACGCUCUCACAACUGAAAAUCUUAUUGGACCUGGCUGGUGGAGAGAUCUUCGUAGCCUGCAAGUAUUAUCAGAAACCUCCCACGAUGACACUGAUACUUGUAAGCAACAACCACAACAAAAGACAUACCCUGAUUACAGUCAUUUUUGGAACGAAGAUAUUGUUAAGGAAGUUGAGCGAUCUUUCGAGGACCCGGACUGUAUGACUGUCCUUCUCACUGGUCGUCGUUACCACCCUUUUCAUAAACUGAUAAAAGAAAUUCUUGCAUCCAGAGGUUUGGACAAAUUCGAUGUAGUAGGCCUACGGCCUGAUCCAAUAGAUAUCACGCCUCAUUCGAACCCCAUCAUUGCCGAUGGGCUCAGAUACAAUUUUGAACCCAAUGUAUUCAAGAACACUAUGAGUUUUAAGAGCGCUUUCAUCAUAAAUCUGCUCAAAGCGGUUCCCAGUCUUAAGAAUAUUACAAUGUGGGAUGAUAGAACCAAACAUGUCGAUGAAUUUAGAGCUUACCUGAAACAAUUGACGCUGGAAGGACUUAUUGAAAAAGGACUAAUAGUUUAUGUGAGCCCGGUGAAGCCAAAAUACCAUCCAAAUUGGGAACUCAAAACCAUAGAGAAUAUGCUGAACAGUCAUAAUAGAGCAGUGAACGAGUUCAGAAAGAGUUAUAAUAAAAGCCAGCCUCCCAUCAACAGUAAUCAUAUUAAUCGGACGAAACUUCUUGAUAAACGACAACGGAAAGCAUUCGGAGGUCCCUUAGUCUCUUUACAUAUACAUGGACAAAGGAUUUGCUCUUAUAAUUUAGUCAGUCUACGCCGCGUCGAGCGCUAUGUUGUGUUAAAGCUCUCUCAAAAUACAGUGACUCACCUGCAUGAACAAUUCUGUGAUUACUAUGAAAAAGAACUGAAAGCCGCUGGCGACGGGAAAUCUUGGGAGAGAAUGUACGCUGAAACACCAGUCUUCUUUGGUAAUGAAAUCUUUUUGUCAGGCCCUAAGCCGAAACAACGAAUCAAAUUCGUUCAGCAGGAGACGAGUAAAAUCCAAUUUACAAUAGUAGGGAUGAGCCAAGUUUCAUUUGAACAAGGAUUUGCUUUGAAAGUUAAACUUGUGAAUGGAAAUGUGGUUGAAAAAGGGUCGCCUACCUACAAUUUACCCUUAUGGUCCAAGCCCUCGAAUUACCACAAUAUACUGAUGAAAAAAUAUAGUCUGGCUCCCAAUAAACCCGAUAUAGAGGAAGAGUUUAAGCUAAACAAGAAUUUAUUAAAUGGAACGAUCGGCUAUAAUACAUCAUGGACUUUAAAUAAUCUGGAUACCAAUUAG